AUGGAUUUAAUAAACUCUACUGAACAAAACAGUACAUCAGAAGAACUAUUCAAAUGGGUGACAUCUAAGAUUCUCAUUUCCAUUACCCUGUCUGUGCUUGCACUAAUGACAACGGCUAUCAAUUCUCUCGUGAUGACUGCAAUAAUUGUGACAAGAAAGCUCCACCACCCCGCCAACUAUCUAAUCUGCUCUCUUGCAGUGACUGAUUUCCUUGUGGCAGUCCUAGUGAUGCCCUUCAGCAUUGUCUAUAUUGUAAAGGAGACUUGGAUCAUGGGGCAAGUGGUGUGUGACAUUUGGCUGAGCGUGGACAUUACAUGUUGCACAUGUUCCAUCUUGCAUCUAUCUGCCAUUGCUUUGGACCGGUACAGAGCAAUCACAGAUGCUGUGGAAUAUGCACGGAAAAGGACACCUAAGCAUGCUGGCAUCAUGAUUGCAGUGGUAUGGAUCAUAUCCAUUUUUAUCUCCAUGCCACCUUUGUUUUGGCGGCACCAGACAACCAGCAGGGAUGAUGAAUGCAUCAUCAAACACGACCACAUUGUUUUCACCAUUUACUCAACUUUUGGCGCCUUCUACAUCCCCCUGGCCUUGAUUCUGAUCCUUUAUUAUAAGAUAUACAAGGCAGCAAAGACAUUUCACAGAAGAAGUGUCAGCCGGAUCAUAAGGGAGGAGGUAAAUGGACAAGUCCUUUUGGACACAGGCGAAAGAAGCACCAAAUCAGCUUCAAUGCCCAGCACAGCAGAGAAGACAUCAGAUCCCCUGGUGAACUGUGAUAAAAUCAAUACCACCCUACGAAGCCCCAGGUCUGAAUCUAAGCAUGAGAAGUCCUGGAAAAAGCAGAGAAUUUCUAGCACAAGAGAGCGAAAGGCAGCAACUACGCUGGGUCUGAUCUUGGGGGCAUUUGUGAUCUGCUGGCUCCCUUUUUUUGUAAAAGAAGUAGUUGUUAAUACCUGUGAAAGAUGUCACAUCUCAGAAGACAUGUCUAAUUUCCUAGCAUGGCUGGGAUAUAUAAAUUCCCUUAUUAACCCCCUAAUCUACACAAUCUUUAAUGAAGAUUUCAAGAAAGCCUUCCAGAAGCUUGUGCGGUGUAGACAAUACCUUUAA